GCUGUCCAUCGUGCACAUGUGUGUAUGGACCGAUGAGUUCGGUCGAUAGGGCUACGUCUGUGUGUCUCACAGAUGCACUGUGGCAGCGCUGCGCUAUCUACCUCCGCCACUUCGUCGUGGCCGUCCUCCUCCACCCCCACCUGGCACAUAUGGGGGGUGGAAUGCACACAGCCAUCCAUCCAUCGACCGAUGACCCGCACAAUGAAUGGAAGCAGCUGGUCUAACUUGACCCCUCCGCUGUCUCGCCUUCGUCCGUCAUCCGCUGCUGCUGCUGCUGCUGCUGCUACUGGCGGGCUAUCGUCCCACUCGUUCCCCAACUCGCCAUCCACAUCUGCACACACACACACACACACACACAGAAAAGGCACACACACAUCCGGCUGGACACAAGACACACCCCGCUCACCCGCCCCCCUCUUGCCUGUGUUGGUGAACUCCACCAUUGGCUCGCCAUCGUCGUCGUCAUCAUGCUGCACACUGGGGCGCGGUGGGGCGGCGGCAGCUUCUGAGUGGGCCGAUCGCUUGGCGUCAGCCUCGAAGAACGCCCUGCAUCAAUGGGGAGAGAGAGCGAAAUGGACAAGAGCGGUGUGAUGAAUAUGUGGCUUGGUAACACACUUGAGUUUCCGUCUCUCCUUGGCCUCCUCGUCCGCCUGGAUCUUCUUGACCUCACGCAGCAACUUACUGCAUCAAACAAUACAAGCAGAGAGACAGACCAUGAAAUCGCGUUCGCCUUGGCUCCCUUCGUGCCCUCAAUGUCUGCCUUCCCUGAGGCACCCACCUGAGUUCUGUGUCGUUGGGUGCGAUGUCUAGUGCCAUGAUGACGUCCCUCUUGGCCUCACCGAAGCCCUUGCACUCCAGAUGGGCACGCGCACGGCGGUAGAGGGCCUUGACCAGGUGGGGGUCCACGGCCAGCACCUCCGUGCACCGGCGGAUCGUCAUGGCGUAGUCCUUCAACUCCAAAUAACACGCCGCUGCAAGAAAUCGACACAACAGACACACACAUGGUGUGGCGUAUUGGGCGUUCGUGUGCCUGCUACGGGGAUACCUCAUUGAGUUUGCACUUGGUAGCCAGGCGGUUCCUCUCCUCCUCUAUGGCGGGGCUGGGCGCCAUAAAGGCGAGGAGGCGGGCUGCCUUCGUGUACUGUUGCAGGGCGUCCAGACACUCCCGCGACUUGAAGGAUAUGUUGCCCUGGUGCUUGCAUGCCUCAGCCCUGUUGCCAUCACACCAACACACAAUAGAUGGGUGUGAGUGUUUGCUCUCUGGUCCUAGUCACCCACUCGUCAAGUCGCUGUUUGGCCUCGUCUGUGGUGCCGAUGGCCGGCGCUCCCUCGCCCUCUCCGUCGAUCUCGUUCAACUCGUCCUGCUCCGAGUCGCCAUCAAUGUCUGCACACACACACACACACACACAUACAUAUGAGUAAGACACCUAGCAAGGCGGGCUGGACACACCACACAGACCACUUACCCUCACCACUAUCGCCAUCGUCCUCCUCCGAGUCACCAUCCAUAUCUGUACACACAAAACACACACCGAUUCAUCCGACCGACACACUGAGGUGGAGGCGGCUGGCUGCACACGCACCCUCAUCAGCGACUUUCUCUUGCUGGUUGACCACCAUGUCUGCGAUGGUGCUGCCCAGCGGGCCGCCCACCAGAGAGGCGGUGGCGGGCCGGCGGUCCUUGAAGGCAGCCGAUGCAUCACCUACUGGCGGCUCGUUGGUGACGACAGAAACAGUCACUGCAUUCAGCAGAACAACACGUCAAAGGAUGGCUCACUCAGCAUAUAAUCUGCUAUCUUGUUCCCUCACCUAUGUUCGUCUUGUUCUGCGUGUUGUUGGGGAAGAUACACAGAUCGAUCCAUGCGACGAAUGGUCUGUCGAACGGCGUCAGCAGCAGAGUCCGAUACUCGAGAGGGGGAUGGCUACUGUCCACCCUGCUCGCCACGACGGCGGUGCAUCCGUUAGGGGGCUGGUGGGGCGAGUGGUUGAGGAGGCCGUCCAGCACACCGUCGUGAGCAUGACUGAGGAGACCAACACAUAACAGAGGAAGAGGCCCUGAUGGAUGGAUCGAUGUGUGUCUGUCUGAGUGUGGUGUUUCCUGCGUACCGGUCCACGUAAACCCAUGGAGUGACGCCCCAAUUCGCCACUGGAGGGGGCAGGAUCACCCUCAUGACGAAGGCCGACGCCGAGGCAUCAGUGAUCACCUCAGCACCGGCCGUCCAGCUGCCCCCCUGCUCGCGGAUUCGGCAUGUGACGGGCGGGUUGCCGUUGAUGGUGUGUGUGUGGUACGGGUGGGCGGGGGGGAGGGGGGGGUUGAUGUCCAGCUCGAAGCCCGGCUCGUCCUUGAUGGCACGCACACCGCCGCCCGGCUGGUCGAACAGCUCAAAACGGCCGUAGUGGCCGCCGAAGUUGACGUGUCUGCCGACCAUCUUCCACAACGCAAUCACACCCGCAUCGGCCAAAUACGCCUACACAGACAGACAGACAGACAGACAGCUGAGUGCCACCUACCCCGCCCCACGCUCAUCUGCCCACCUGUUUGCUAUCGUGACGCUGCAUGUCGGCCACAGCCAGUGUGAUCGGCAGCUGACAGAGGCCCCUCUGCCCCGCGAAGCGCAGCGCAUUGGCCACCUCGGUCCACUGCUGCGUGUCCAUCAGCCAAAUGGCCUUCAACACGAGCUUGGUCUCCAGCUGCGAAUCGAAUGCGAUGAUGCCGUGGAGCUGUUUGGCCGCCAGGCAGCGCCCCAGCCGAUUGCGGAGGACGGCAGCCGAGAAGUCUAUCUGCGAUAGGAAGGCGGCCGUGCAUCUGAGUAUGCCGAUAUCCUCGAGUGUGUGGAUGGCAUCCCGCCCCAGGCUGUGGAUGAAAUCGAUGGCCUCGUUCUCCCUGGCCGGCGGCAGGGCCUGUCGGCUGCUGGGCACCGUCACGUCAUUGCCCAUAGGCUAAU